CAACAGCACAGGGGAAGAAGCUGUUGUUGUGGCGUGAGGUUUUGGUCCGAAUGGACCGUAACCUCCUGCCUGAAGGGAGUUUCUCAAAGAGUCCGUGUCCAGGGUGAGAAGGGUCAGCUGUGAGCCGACAUCCUUUAAUCUGACCUCAGGUCUGUAGAAAAACACAGUGAGAGCUUAAAGACGGCAUCACGAUCAGGCUGUUGCUCCAACAGAUUAAAAUGUGGGCACUCGGCUGUCCGUGUGAAUCUGAGGAGGCAGCAGAUCUGAGGUCAGCAGACAGCAACAACGCGCUCAAAACAGCAGAGGAAGAAGUCAAGUACUAAUACCACUGUAGAAGUACUCCAUCACAAGAGGAGCACAGUGAGCCUGCUGCUGCUUCCAGCUGCUGUUCGACGUGCAGGUUUAACGUCAUCGUUAAUGACAAACAAACAACAAACUAAUCUGACAGCAGGUUCAACCAGCACUAAAUUAAUCUGCUUAAAGGCUUCAAUCGGAAAACAAACGGCUUGAAGAAAACACAAAUACGAAAAUAAAAUCCACACAUUCACUGUUUGCAUCAUCUGCGUGUUCAUCUAUAAUUUUAAAUGUUUGUGUUUCUGUCCUUUCAUUGUUUUGUGAUUAUAUUGUGUGUCUUCCAACACACAUUACGAAUGUGUGAAGAUAAUUUGAAUGCUUUGACCUCAGUAACAGAUGACAAAACAUUUCUCCUUAACUUGUUUGGCUUUUUCUUAUUUAUCAGUCCUUUUUCAGUUAUUAAUUUUUUUCAUUUCAGCUUCAACAUGAAUACAAACCUGAUCAAAUUAACAUCCAGAUUUGAUCUUAAGUGUGCAGCUGACGAGUUGGCCUCCAGGGGGCAGCAGGACGCCAAGCUGCUAAUUAACCUCUCAGGAUUCUGAUGAACCUGAACUGUUUGACAUCUGAACUUUAUGAACAAUUCAGCCUCAGUCUGAAGUUUCUGUUCCUGUUUGUGUUCCUGCUGUCAGAUUUGUUAUUCGUAUUUAAGUGUAAAACACUGAAACUGUUGCUGUCUAUUUCUGCAGGGUCGUAUUUAUCACUGACUUUUAUCUGAUUAGCUUGCUUUGGUUUUUGGACAUAAAACUUCAGAUGUGAUCAGAAAGAAACGUCUGCAGAAGCAGCAGGUGACCCCUCAGGAGGUUUAGUAACAGUACAUACAUUAUGUACAGUGUGUAUGUUGUGUGGUCAGGGCUCAUUGAUUUUCGGCCCAAACGUCCAGUAACUAAACUCAAACCCAAACCCAAACUUCCAGCUGAAUUCACGGGUGACAGGAAGUCAACAGAGAAAGAAAAUGUCUGGGUGAAGUCACGUCAGAAUCACAACUCGGUUUACCUGAGAGGACUUUGAGUGCGACGUCCUCUGCUCUUAUUAAAGCUGUAACCAGCAAACGGACCAGAACCGAAAUAAGUAAAAUCAAUGACAAUGAUAAUUAAAGAAAACAGGAAACCCCGAGUGCGUCUGAACAAGAAGUCACGAGAUUUUGGCGCUAAAGUUCCUCCAUACACGAAGACACCUGAGAACACCUGAGAGACGCCGCGGGUCUGUUCAGGUGUGUCAGUCGCACUUCUGGCUGCUGAGAACCAACAUGGCUGCAGCUCACAGCAGCAGAACCGGGAUCGGACUCUUCAGGACCUUCCUGAGCCGCUGCAGGACCCCGGGACCGGGACAACACCGCUGUUUGUCCUCCCUGCCACCAGCGGCGGGCACCUGGAGCGCCGAGCUGUCCCGGCUGUCCCAUCGGGAUCUGCACCGACUCUCGAUCACGGAUCCAGAUCAGUUCUGGGGAUCCGCCGCCGCUGACAGACUUCGCUGGGUGAAACCGUUCGACCGGGUUCGGGACUGCGAGCUCAGCAGCGGAAAGAUCAACUGGUUCCUGGGAGGGAGGAUCAACGUGUCCGUGAACUGCCUAGACGUCCAUGUUGAGAAACAUCCGGACCGAGUGGCUCUGAUCUGGGAGCGAGAUGAACCUGGCACUGAGGUGAAGGUCACCUACAGAGAGCUGCUGGAGACAACAUCCCGCCUUGCCAACACCCUCAAGAGCCAUGGGAUCCAAAAGGGGGACAGGGUGGCCAUUUACAUGCCAGUAUCACCUCUGGCGGUGGCGGCCAUGUUGGCGUGUGCCCGUAUUGGUGCUGUGCACACUGUCGUGUUUGCUGGUUUCAGCUCAGAGGCUCUGGCAGGGAGGAUCCAGGAUGCGCAGUGUAAAGCCGUGGUCACCUGUAAUGAAGGUGUGAGGGGCGGCCGCCUUGUCCCCCUGAAGUCCACAGUGGACACGGCAGUGAAGAGCUGCCCGACUGUCCAACACGUGUUCGUCUCUCAGAGGACAGAAAACCCUGCUGUGAUGCGACACCUGGAUGUCCCCCUGGAGGAGGUGAUGUCGUCUCAGUCUCCGGUCUGUCCCGCAGAGCCUCUGGACAGUGAAGAUCUUCUGUUCCUUCUCUACACAUCAGGAAGUACGGGGAAACCGAAAGGCAUCGUCCACACUCAGGCUGGAUACCUGCUGUACGCGUCACUGACACACCAGUAUGUCUUUGACUACCGGGACGGCGACGUCUUCGGCUGCGUGGCGGAUGUCGGCUGGAUAACGGGACACAGCUACGUGGUGUAUGGCCCGCUGUGCAAUGGCGCCACCACCGUCCUGUUUGAGAGCACACCUGUUUACCCAGACCCAGGCAGGUACUGGGAGACGGUUCAGCGGCUCAGGAUCACUCAGUUUUACGGAGCUCCGACGGCUCUGCGUCUCCUGCUGAAGUAUGACGAGAGCUGGGUGAAGAAGUACGACCGCUCGUCUCUGCGGACGCUCGGAUCAGUGGGAGAGCCAAUUAACCACGAGGCCUGGCAUUGGUUCCACAGUGUGGUUGGAGAUGGACGGUGUCCUUUAGUGGACACCUGGUGGCAGACAGAGACCGGCGGAGUCUGCAUUGCCCCCCGUCCUGCAGAGGAAGGAGCUCCGAUCAUCCCGGCAAUGGCCAUGAGGCCGUUCUUCGGCAUCCAGCCGGUUCUCAUGGGAGAGAAGGGUGAACCUCUGUCUGGUAACUCUGUCAGUGGAGCUCUGUGCAUCAGCCAGCCGUGGCCUGGGAUGGCCCGGGACAUCUAUGGAGACCACCAGAGAUUUGUUGACGCGUAUUUCAAACCGUAUCCUGGUUGCUACUUCACUGGUGAUGGAGCUUACCGCUCAGAGGACGGCUACUACCAGAUAACCGGCCGGAUGGAUGAUGUCAUCAACGUCAGCGGCCAUCGCCUCGGUACGGCGGAGAUAGAGGACGCUCUGGAUGAACAUCCAGCUGUUCCAGAAACUGCUGUGAUUGGAAUCCCUCAUGAUAUCAAAGGAGAAGUACCGUUCGCCUUCGUGGUUUUGAAGGAGGAUUUCGGGGAGGAUGCCCCAGCCGUUCUUCAGCAGCUCAGAGAACUUGUUGCCACUAAGAUCGCCAAAUACGCCGUCCCAGAGCACUUCUUGGCGGUGAGGCGGCUGCCGAAGACUCGCUCCGGGAAGAUCAUGAGGCGGAUCCUCAGGAAUGUUGCCUUGAAUAUGACGGCUGACCUUGGUGAUGUGUCAACUCUGGACGACCCGUCUGUAGUCAAGGAGAUCAUCGAAGCCCACAAGCAGUACAGGAAGCAGCAGGUAGAGGACGAGAAGAAGAAGUUGUUUUAAAACAGGGGAGGGUAGGUGUGGCCAAGUAGGUCCUCAGGUACAGAUGACAUCAUCAGUCCACAGGUAGAUCUGAAACUGUAAGGAUGCUGAGAAGUUUUCAGACAGUUUGGUGAUUUGAACCAGCAGCCUCCAACGUCUGUGGUCACCCACAGUCCCCUGCUCAUGUGUGUCCCACUGCAAGGCCAUGAGCACAGUCCUUCUGUGGACAGCCUGUCCACUCCUUAUUAAUCCCACUAUACUGAAUGUCGGCUGCAGUUCACCUAGAGGGCGCUCACGAGGUCGUCCUCAGUGAACCAGAGUGAAUGGAGCCAAGUGGCUAAAAUAAUUAUUCACAGCCACUUCUACACAAAAACAUGCAACUUUUAUUUUAGUUUUUGCUAAUAAAGCAGCGCUUACAUAUCAGAAUUUA